UCUUUCCAAUUCUUGAUAUUGUAAAUUUUGGAAGCUGUGGUGGUGAUGUUAGUGGAUGUGGGACUAGCUGUGGUGGCGGAUUUGGAGGCGAUUUGGGAAAACUUGCUCAAUUCAUUUGUGAUGGGAAAGGACAUUCAAGUAUUCUACUGAUUAGUGGAUAUUGGAGAAUAUCUCAUCAUUUUAAUUAUGUUGGAGAUCUUAUAUCAUUUGCUGAAUGUCUUACUUGUGGAUUCAGUCAUUUACUACCUUAUUUACAUGGUUAUACUUUUCUUACAUCUAUGUUUUGA